GAAUCAUGGGGUGGGCGAAGACUUAAUGCAGAAGAUGAAGAGAGCAGCGGCAGGAUUUUUUGAUCUGGAAAUGGAGGAAAAGCAGAAAUAUUCAAUGGAAGAAAAUAACAUACAAGGAUAUGGUCAAGCCUUUGUGGUCUCCGAAGAUCAGAAAUUGGAUUGGUCACACAUCAUGAUCCUAAUGGCCAACCCUCCUCCUUACAGAAAUCUCAAGUACUGACCACUUAUAGUGUCAGGUUUCAAAUAUAUGCUCAAUACUCAUGUUCUUUUCAUAAUACGUUAUUUUCCUAGUAACUAUUUUACUGGGCAUGUUUAGUAUGAAUCAAGAUUGUUCGGCUAUUGGUACUUUCUUUUUUUCCCAAAUUGAUAUACUCUAAAGCUAACGUCUCUUAGAACUCUUAUAAAUGUUGGUAGAAACUGUUUCCAAAGUUUCUUUCUUUACAAUAAAGAAAAACAUGGACAGGGAGUCAGUGGAAGAGUACACUACAGAAAUAAGCAGGGUAAGUGAAGAGAUACUUGGGAAUUUAUCAGUGUUGAUGGGAAUGGAAGAGGAAGGUCUAAAAGAGUUACACCGAGUGGUGAAACUAGCAAUGCGUAUGAACUACUAUCCUCCAUGCCCCAAACCUGAGCUUGUCCUUGGGAUCAGUCCUCACUCUUAUGGUGACACCAUAACCUUUCUUCUGCAAGAUGAUCAUAUCACUGCUCUUCAGAUUCAUCACCAAGGCCAUUGGGUUCCUGUCAAGCCUCUUCCUGGAGCUUUUGUUGUUAACGUUGCUGAUACUCUUGAGGUUUGGAGUAAUGGGAGGUACAAGAGUGUUCAGCACAGAGGUUUGGCAAACGAAAGCAGAGCAAACAUUUGUGUUUCCACAUGAUGAAGCAGAAAUGGGUCCAGUAGAGCCAAUGCUGUGCGAUGCUCCCGCCAUGUACAAAGGCAUCAAGUAUGUGGACUAGAUGAGGCACUACUCAGGCAGGAAACUCGAUGGAAAAGCCCUCGAUUUUCUCGAGUUCGAAGCCAACAAAUAUUACCAAAUUUUAAAACAGGCCAAAUAAAACUUCUGUGUAAACUGUUUUUCUCAAGUUUCUUCAUAUUUGAUCAGUGAUUAAGUUAGCAAGAGAA